AUGCUGGUGAAACUGCUCGAGGGCUCGCCAGAGGUGCUCAGUCUCAUCGAGUACUCGCCGUUCCCAGUCGAUCAGCCACCGCGCUACAUCCGAGCGCUGCGCUACAAGUACAGUUUCACAAAGUGGUCGAACACCUCCAGCGAGGAAUGGUGGCGACGCGAAUACAAAGGAAUCUAUGUCAGACCGUUUUCACUCAACCCACCACCACCACCACCACCAACAACACAACCGUCAACAACAACAACAACAUCAAAAAACAAUCAUCAACACCCCACACCUUCUUCACCAUCCGCUAAAUCAUCGUCAUCUUCAAAAAAAGCAACAAUGAAAUAA